GGAAAGAAGGCCUGGGUGAAGAACAACUGCUUUGCAGUAUUCAAAGUUUGCUACAAGCCAAAAGAAAAAGGUUUGUUUUCACUAAAUUUCUUUUUAAAAACAAAAAUGUCAGAGACAGUUUUUAUAGAUUGAUUAUGAUCCCUACCCUGUCGAGAAUUUUACGCCAAAUAUUCAGUGGCUGUUUAUUCCGCAUUAUGGUGAAUGCAAUCCAGAUCUAAACCAUUUGAGCUUAUAUCCAAAGUUUAAAAUAACCCUCUAAAUCCCAAAACCUGUUAUCUGUUAAGGACACCCUUUAUCUGUUCGUUUGAAAUGUCAUUCCGUUGGAUCUGCCAAUAAAGGGGUAAAUCUAAAAACACCGAGACGAAAAAACAAUUGGACUAAUUUUUUUUUCUUUUAAUUCUUUCAAUGGUAACUCUUCCUUCCGAUCUAAAAAAAAUUUUCUGUGCCAACUCUUUUACUGUAUUAGGUUGAGUAAAAUACGAAUGAUGAUAACUGCUUUCUUUUCUUCAGUUUCUGUUAAGCGCUGGAAAUUAAUGCAGUUUACUGAAAAACCGCUUUGGUAUGUGUUGAAGCGUUUGUAACACGUAUUAAAACUAAUGGUCUGGUUUUUAUAGGUAUGGGUGCUCUUAUGUCUCCAGAAUAGUUGUGCUUCUCUGCAGGAUGAAACUAACCAAAAAAGAAAAAAAACCGUUAGAAAUUAGAAAUAAACCAACAUCCUGCAAUGCAUUUGGUUUCAAACGACUCCAUGCUACCAAUAAUUUUUGGCCGUGAAGAUCAAUAUGCAUUUUGGUGGUAAAGUUAUAAAUCUUAACCUCCAAACCUAAAUAUUAUUAUAAUGUAAACUACAUCAAAAUGCAAAAAUAAAGCAAAUGCCUGGCCAAAGAAUUGGUGGCUGCAAAAUGCAACCCUGACAAAAAUCGCCCAAGGUUGGUUACGUUUCCUUUAUAGUCUGAAUGCAAAACAAUGGCAAUACAUGGCGUGCCCACCAAUAUCUCUCUCGCUACCCAUUUCCACAAUAAUUUGGUACUCAUGUUCUGUUUUAAAAACGCCAUCCCCACGCCCAUGCCCCACCCCCUCACGACUAAUUGUUAAGCAAACCAAUUGAUCUACUGCAAUACAGCUGAAAUUGUCCACCGUGUACAAAUCAGCCCGGUAUAUUUGUCAUACUAUGAGUGAGCAUCUCGGCUCUCUCACCACCUGUGUCAGUUUUGAACAAGUGUCUUUUCUUGAGCGCAUCUGUUGCUGUUGCUCGCACGCGUUUCCAGCCCGUUACUUCCGUGCGUGCGGGUCACCAUCUGCUGACAGUAUCUUCCCGACACUGUUCCUUCACUGACAUUGAACAAGUGAGCGAUUUUAUCGCGAGGAGAGCUGUUUGACAUGGUUUAUUGUUUCACAUGUUACGUCUCCAUUUUUCUCAUUUUUAUUUCUUCAGAGACUGAUAAUGUGUGUAAGAAAAAGAAACUGAAAAGCAAAGGUUCCAAGUUCAACUCAAGAAUCAUCGAUAGAGCUAUCCGUGUCACCAAGAUGGAACUCGUGGAGAGUAAGAAACCCAAGGACCGUGCUGCAAGACGUCGCUGCCAGUUUGAUGCCACGUACGGUUUUGAUGGGCCGAUGGUCUGGGUAUCUGGUGGUUGCAAAGGAGAAUUCGAAGUCUGCUAUGACAAAGGAAAACCCGGUUCUUCUCCCAAUGAGCCAGAUGACUCUGCCAAGUGCAGCAAACCCUUCAAAGCCCACGGUGGUCGCUGUCUCUUCAUCGAGAGAGGAGGAAAAGAGAACUUUAUUGGUGCUUCAAAGAAAUGUGCAAAGAUUGGAGGAAAACUUCUGACAUUGAAUAAACCAUUCAAACUGUCCAAAAAAUACAAGAACAAAAGGAUCUUCAAGGUUGAAGAAGACGACCGCAACGUCAGGUGGUCCAAAUGGAUUAACUUGGACAAGGGAAAGAAGAACAACGAGGAAUCUCUCAAAAAGAUCACACGUCAGAUCAACAACGGCAAACUGGAAACCGAUGGCCUUCGCCUCUGCUCUCACCCCAUUGCUAUGCAAUGCAGAGAUGCUGACUCCAAGAAGAUGUUCUCCAAGAAGAAGAAGAAUGGCUUUAAACUGGACUACGCAUGUGAGAAAAACAGAAUCAAGUGCAGAAAGAACAAACAGAAAGGCAAAAAGAGAUGCCCAGACUUUGAAGUUCGUUUCAAGUGCGCCGACUCAUUUGACCUUGACUGUUCCAACGACAUGGUGAGGACUGAAUGUGAGAAGAAAAACAAAAAGUGUAAGGACACUCCAUUCGGCGCUCAGUGUAUGGACAAACGCAAAGAACCUACUGGAGACGAGGAGAUUGGCUCAGGAAAGUGCACAACGAACAACAUUGAAUACAGCUUGCAUGAUUGUUACGCCCGUGGUGAUCCUCAUUUCCUGACAUUUGAUGGCAAGAAGUUUAACUUCCAGGGCCGCUGUAGCUACAACCUGGCCGAGACAUGCAAUGGAUUCAGGGAAGACGAAACCUUCCCACAUUUCAGUAUCGUGACGACAAACAGUAAACCAAGACGCAACAAGAAAAACAAGAUAGUGACCACCACUGUUGGCUUUGACUUCACUCUUAACGGCGUCGUUUACAGCUUCCACAAAGGCGGCAAGUUUGAAGUUCAAGGCAUGACAAGACGUGCUAUGAACUACAAGGAUAACAACAUCAAGAUCUCAGUUCAAAUGAAGGGCAAAAAGGCUCCCAAAUAUAUCAUUGAAACAGAAUUUUGCCUUAAGAUCGUGUGGGACAACAAUGUGAAUAUCAUCGUUAGUGCACCAGAUCGCUACAAGAACCGCAUAUGCGGUUUGUGCGGUAACUAUGAUGGAAAUCCCAACAACGAUAUUGUCGAUGACAACGGCGACAAAAUUUCUGCAACAGAAUUUGGCGAUGACAAGAUAGUACCAGGCAGCUCAGAAACGGAAGGAUGCAUUCCUAAGACAGAAGAACCGCCAGCAUGCUCAAAGAAGGACCUGAAAAAAUACAAGAAGCCAAAAUACUGCGGAGUCUAUGAUGCCAAAUCAGGUUCACCAUUUGCAGCCGUUGUGUUGGGAGGCGCAAAGGGUAAAGCCAAGAAACAGAGGAAAGAAUAUCUGAGCAUCCUGCUCGAGGAGUGUGUUCAAGAUCACUGCUGGGGCACCGAAUUCGAAGAAGGCCUUUGUCACGAAUUGCAAUCCAAUAUUGAAGAGGUGGCUCAUGAUUUGGGACUUCCACUUAAUGAACUUGAUGUCAUGUGGCGCGAGUUUGCGGGCUGUGAAAAAGCUCCAGAUAGAACAUGUGAUGGCAAACCAAACAGUCACUUCGAGGCUGAAAUGCUGGUCGAAUGCCAGCCAUCAUGUUCUUCUCCCAACGAAGUGUGUACUGACCUCAAACUUGGCUCUGGAUGCGUGUGUGAUGAUGGUUACUUCCUCAACAAUGAUUUGGACUGCGUGCCAGAAGAACAGUGCGAGAGACAGUGUGUUGUAGAGCUGGAAGAUGGCGAAGUUAUGACUUUGAAGGAUGGAGAAACGCAAGUUGCAGAAGCUUGUAUGAGAAUGGUUACCUGCAAGGCUGGAGUAAUCAAAGAUGAUUACACAGACGGGUGCUCACCUAAUGCACGUUGCAGCAAGGACGGAACACGUUGUGUCUGCAGACGUGGCUAUGUCGGAGACGGGAGGACUUGUGAGGUUGAUCGUUCUUGUAGAAAAGGUUACUACGCCUAUGGCAACAUGUGCUACAAACUGGUAACAAAGAAAAUGGACUGGCACAUGGCUGCCAUUACCUGUGGUGCUGAUGGCGCACAACUGGCCAGAUAUGACGGUGAGGACGACCUUGAAGUUGAGAAAUUUGCGGUCAAGGCCCGUCGUCUGUUACUGUCGUCUAAAGCAAAGACAAGACGCAUCAAAUGCAAAGGCGGGAAAAGCUGCAAAGUCAAAAAGGGAAAUGAAAGGAUUCUCAGCGUCAAGAUUGCAUCUUCUAAGAACAGAAAGGCAUGUGAUGGCAACUACAAGAUUUCCAACGACCUUCGAGCUAUUGUAGUGACAGGAAAGUGCAAAGCCAAAUUCUCCGUCCUUACGGUUAAAGCAAAGAAGUUGAAAGAACGCAAGAACAAAGCUUUCUGGAUAAGUGGAAACUCCAGAGUUAUGGGUUUCGGCGUGAGAGAAGGCAAAGUUCCCUACCAAGUUGAUCUUCCAGGACUGGUCAACCCUGAUGACUUUGCAGACAAAUUUGGCUGCUUUGCAGGACAAAUAAAUAAAAAGAACAAGUUCAUCGUGAAGGUUUUUGGAAAGUGUGAAAAAGCACUUCCAUUCAUCUGCCAAUAUGAAAACACUAACUCAGACCCAUACGAUCCUAAUGACGUUGUGGGAAUUACCCAGAAAAACAACCAACAAGGUGCUGUGGAAACUUGCGCCGAGGCGGGAAGACCUUUGCUCAAAAUCACAACUGAAGAACAAUUCAGCAGAGCACGUAAAAUCUUGUCCAAGGAACUCAGAGGCGACGCCUGGAUUGACCUUAUGUGGUCUGCUGACGCGGAAGCUUUUGUGUGGUCUGACGGCACUCCAGCCACCUUUGCCAAGUGGAAGAAAAAUCCAAGACCCAAGAAAGGAGGCAAGGAAACCCACUGCGUGGCUAUGAACAGCCGCAAAGGAUUCUGGUACCCAGAAAAGUGUCGCAAGAACAAAUUUGUUCUCUGUGGACCUCCAGACAACAUUGUACCAAUGGCGUACACACCACCAUUCCCCGUCAAGGGCGAGAGCUCCCUGCCACAGAUCAAACAACAGCUGCUGAAUCUCGGUGUGAAGCCAACGGAGAUACAGGAAUACAUCUGUGACAACCCACUUGAACUGAGAUGCCGUGUAAAGAACAAGAAGGGCCAGUGGUUAUCAACUCAAGAUGGAAAGAUUAAAGGAAUUAAAUGCAAGAAAUCGGACAUCUCCUGUAAGAAGAAGCGAAAGAACUUGAAAUGCAACUCUUUCGAGGUUCAGUUCUUGUGCCCACAGACCGAUAACCAGUGUACGGAACUGAACCGUCUCGGAGUGACCGCCUGUGAGGGCGGCCGUGAGUGUUUCCCUGUCAGCAACCAUUACAUUUGCAAGUGUCCCGAUGGCCUCACCUACAGCGAGGAAUCACAAUCCUGCAUCAGUCACUGCGGACAUUGCUAUGCUAAAGGAGAUCCUCAUUACAAAGUCUUUGGAGGCGCCAAAUACGAUUUCAUGGGACCAUGCAAGUACAAGUUCUCCGGCAUUUGUGAAGAUGACAAGGACGGUGUUUCUGAAAACUUCGACGUUUACACCAGGAACAAAAAGUGUGGAAAGAGAAAGGGCGUGACUUGUAUCGACAGAGUGGAAAUUCAUUUGAGGAACAUGAAAGUUAUCAGGAACGGUGUUGCAUUCAAAGAAAACUUUGUUUUUGAAACCAAGACUGGUGCCAAAGAUUUCAAGCUCAAUGGUAACGUCAUUAAGCAGACUGAGUACUCUGUUACUGGGGUCUUUGAAGUGGCAGUUAAGAAGGGAUACUUCAGUCUGAUCGUCCCAAGUCUGUCACUGUCCAUCUUCAUGAGUGGUAGCAAGCUCACGGUCAAUGCUCCAGACAAGUUCAAGGGUAAAAUGUGUGGCCUGUGUGGUCAAUGCGACUCCGACAAAUUCAAAGUGAGAAAUGGUACCGAAAUGACUGUACCACUCAAAGGCAAAAACAAAAAGUGGGACCGUGGCGUCAUGGCAGAGCUUGCCCAGACCUGGGUGGAGCCAGAUGCACAGGGUGAUAUUGAAAUUUGCAAUGCACCAGUGACCCCCCUGCCAGAAUGCGACCCAGAUGUGGAAGAGAGGAAUUCUAGGCGUGACAGGUGUGGCAUGUUCCUGGACGAAACAUCAGCUCUUGCAGACUGUUUCAAGGUCGAGGGCAUAAAUCGUCAAGACUUCUACGAUGACUGCAUGUUUGAUGCCUGCUUCGAAGAAGACACUGAACAGGCUGUCUGCGAUAUGAUCAAGACCUACGCUCAAGAUUGUCUCGCAAAGGGCGUACCCCUGUCUUGGAGAACUGAUGAAUUCUGCCCACUGGCAUGUAAACCCGAAGAGAUAUUCCGCUCUGACAUUUCCUGUGAACCAACUUGUGGACAGCAAAAUGUGCCUGGAAGCUGUGACGAGCCUCCUGAGGAAGGAUGUAUUUGCAGAGAUGGCUACAUGAGGCAAGGCGAAGAGUGCGUCCUAGAAAACGAAUGCGGCUGUGAGAUCGAAAUGCCAGACGAAUCUACCUGGGUUCUUCCAAUCGGAGAAAGCAUGCUCAUGCCAGAGUGCACUGAACUGGUUACGUGUGUGGCCUCUGAGACCGGCGAUGGAUCGAGUGAAGCAGUAAGCCAGGAGUACGUCCUCAAGAAAAACGCUGUCUGCGUCGGAGGACCACCACCUACCGAGGAGUGUGCUGAAGGAUACUCCUGGAGCGAGGAUAGAGAGUCAUGCGGGAGAGCCCCAGAGGGCUGCAGCGACGGCUUCAGAGAUGCAGAUGGCAUUUGUGUCAAGGUUCCAAAAGUUGAGAAAAUCUGGAGACAGGCUGUGGAGGUUUGUAACGAGAAAUUCGGCACUCUGGUCAAGAUCGACGCCAUCGGCAAGCUGGAGGCCCUGCUAACUGUGAUGAAGGACAAGGAUUAUUCGUCAUUGUUCAUCGCUGGAAGAGUUACAGCACGAUUCCCUGGAGGAAAAAUAGAAUCAUACCUGCCAUCAUCAGAGAGUGGUCUCAAAGAAUUCAUCAACUUCGACGUAGAUCAAACCGUACUUAACGUAGCUGUGCUGAGCAGUGAUAUCACUGCCGAAACAAUGCCAGAAGCAGGUCUUGCCCUGGUGAUCCGUAGAGAUGACGACUUGGAAGACGGCUACGUUGUCGUUGCUGUUCCAACCACCACCAAAUCCAAUUUUGUGUGUGAAGAGAGAGUGAUCGAAGAAGAGGAUGAGCCAACCUACACUGACUAUUGCAACACUGACAGUAACAUGGAUGAUGACGGUGACCAGGAAAUCCUUGCCAACUUGCUCAAUGACGGCGACUGCAAGGUCUGUCCUAUACCUAUGGGUGUAGAAUGUGAAAACGCGGGCCAACCCGGACCUGAGAACACAGAGGAAGGAGUUUGUGAACUCCAGUCUGAUGGAACGCUCUAUUCUUGUGAUGAAGGUGCUGCCUGUGUCGACAAACAAGUCAGACUCCGAUGCCCCAAAGAUAUCGAUGAGUGUGAACUGGGCUACGAUGACUGUUCUGGAAGGCAAAGGUGUAUCAACACGAUUGGCGCCUACAUGUGCAAGUGCAGCAAAGACUUCCCACUGAUGAUCAACGGAGAGUGCACUGCUGCUGAGACUUGUAGCAUGUCUGGUCCACAAACACCAGAUGGCUAUUUGUUUGACUUUGAAGGAUUCUCACGUGUACCUGGCCUCUUUGAUUAUGACUGCAGCUACAUUCUGGCCGCACCUUGCGAAAAUGCAUACCAAGCUGACUCAGGCCUGCCCUACGUCAACUUUGCCGUCCUGAAGGCACGAGUGAAUGACAAGCUGUUCAUCAGGUUGAUGGGCACAAUAUUCCACCCUGUCGCCGGUGGCAUGAAAUCCUGGAUGGUCGACGCAAAUCUCCUUGAAAGGAAUGUCAUCAAGUAUGGUAACCCAGGAUCCAACCUACCAGUCAGGGACCUGCCUUUCACCUGCUUUGCAACCCGAACAAAAUUCAUCUACAAGGAGCCAGGUGUGCUCAUUGUCAGGAGUAUGGACAAUUACUUCAAGGCCAGGAUUUCUUUCAAUCCAUUUAGAGUCCAGGUUCAAUUUGCAGAACCAAUGAGAAACAUGAUGUGUGGAGUGUGCACAACAGAGCCAGAAGUUGAAGGAGAAAAGAUUUACCUGAACCCUCUGCAGGUCACCCAAGUGUCUGUGUCCAAGAGAGCCUUGUGCACUCCUCAUGUACCCCCACCAGUGGAACCAACACCACCACCACCUGGCACCUCUGAAGCACCAACAGAUGAAACAACCGAAGCACCACCACCACCACCACCACCACCUCCGCCACCUCCUCCACCACCACCUUCCACC